AUGAAAAUUGGCGGUGACGCAGCGGAGUCUGUUCCUGGAGCAGCACCAACUGUGCUUCACACGAUCGUGUUGUGGAUCAAACCACGCACCUGGGUUAAGGCAGUUGACGAAAACGGUUAUAAACUGUUCUUUGGGAACACGAAUGGAGAUGCCGGGCAAAUAAUAUAUUCGCCAGCCUUGAACGUGCGUGUUUGCCGGAGCUUUAGUUUGGAUGUUUGUGUUCUCGAUUCUCGCAUCCGACAGGUCAAGCCUGAGAUACCUCAAGCUUGCAGAUAUGUGCGGCUCGGUCAAUUCAAGAUGACCGAGAAGUAG